AUGGCUUCAAAAACAAGUAUGUUGUAUUUUCAUAUUGUUAAAAGAAAUAAUGACGAAUUUGAAUUAGCGGUCAUAUCGGAAAAUAAAGAAACAUGGUAUGUCCUACCUGAAGAGAAGAAAGAUUUAAGUGGUUCUUUAAUAGACUAUGCCUUAGCGAAGGAAAACCUAAGUUUAGAAAUUGAAAUGUUGAGAAUAAACAUGAUCGUUAUGGGCUUUCCUGUAGAAAUACAAAAUAGAGAAGAAAUAACGACCAAUGAGAAACUGUUCAAAGAACUAACAAAAAGUGAUGAAUGCGUUUUUAACAUCAAGCCGAAAUAUGACAAUAAAUUUUUAAGUAAUAAAAUACCAUACAAUACGGAUGUCAAGGCAAAGCAACUUUAUCAACACAAACAGAGAUAUGAAAAUGUAGACAAAGAUAUUUCGGUACCAAAAUACAAAGUAGAAGCAAAGACAAAUAAUACUCUAAAUAAACAAAAUCAAAGAUAUGAAAAUAACACUCUAAAUAAAAAAAAUUUUGUUAGACCAAAUUUUAUCAGAAAGCCCGGUAAAAUUGAAUGCACUGAUAAGAGUAAGAGUCUAAUAAAUAGGAAAAUCAUAGAUAUUUUAAAACUAGGCUUAAUGAAUAAUAGAAGUACUUUUAAAACCAUCAGUGGGUUCAAUUUUAGUUCGGCCCGGGCAAAUAUAGUUGUUAAGGUUGGUAAUUUAACGGAUAAUUUAAAUACAUACGUAGUUAAAAAUAACAAUUUCUCCUAUGACCUGUUAUUGGGUCUAGAUGCAAUAAAAAAGUUCAAACUAAUUCAAGAUGAAAAUUUUAACAUUCUACAAAGAAUUAAUAAAAACAAGAUCAUCAAAAUAGAAGAAAGAGAUAAGAUGAAUAACAAUCACAACAUGGUUAAAUCAGAUGAACUGACUGACAACCAAUUUAAUCUACAAAAGGCAGAAAAAAAUAAUUUAAUUAAAAUUUCAGAAGUCAAUUUUAACGAAAAUAUGAAUAAUACAAUUUGUAAAAAUUUAGACUACAUUAAAGAUGAAAAUAGAAGAAAAGAUAUUUUAAAUUUAAUAAACAAGUACAAACAUAUGUUUGCAAAAGAUAAAUAUGAUGUAGGAAAAGUGAAGUCUAAAGAAGCAAAAAUAAAAUUAACCAGAGAUGAAUAUGUAACAGCAAGACCAUAUAAAUGUUCCAUAGUUGAUGAAGAGAAAAUCAAGACUCAAGUUGAAAUUGGAAGAACUUUUGAUCCUUCGUCGCAAGACUUUAUUUUAGAUAAAAUAAUGGAAUGGGAGUUUAGUUUAUAUUUAGAACAAAUAAAUGACAUAUCUCAAUCCGCAACAAAAGAAAUAGCCAUAGAGCAAGGUUUAGCAGAAAUAACUGAAACAUGGGAAGGAAUUGAAUUUGAUUUAGUUCCAUUCAAAGAUAAAGAUCAAUACAAAAUAAGGUCUUGUUUAUAA